GUUUCAGCUAGCAUCGAUUUCAGGCAAAACAAAGCUCUAGCGCUCACAUAUGGGGAGUGUGGCAGUCUCGAGCAGCCUGGAACGUGAUAGGCUAGAAUCAAAAAAUUGUAGUCCCCUCAGCACCCAGUACCUAAAGCGAUUCCAUGGAUGCUGCCCGAACCUAUGAAAGAUAUGUAAAAGCGCUUGGUUUCGCGGAUCAACAGGCACUAGGACAGAGCAGGUCUGUGAAUAGGCAGUCAUUGACAACCCAACCGUACAAAAGCAACCCUCUCAAUAAGUUGCCGAACAUUCGCCUACCUGCUGGGAAGCGCUCAUGCAGCUGCAGCCAGGGUCGAAUUAGUUAUUGCAAUCAGGUCAAAAGCAGGGACAGCUGCGUAUCUUUCGUUCAGACUAGUACAGAGGAAAUGUCAAUGUCAUCCAAUUGCCAAAACAGUUCAGGGACCCCAAAAAAUUCAGAGAGCCAAAGAAGCGUCAGAGGAGCAAAAGUACGACAGCCCCCAAAGCAAAAACAAGAGAAGAAACAAAGUAAAACCCAAUGCCAAUGUAUAUACAAGAGACCCGUCAUUACCGUACCUUCAGAGAUGCCUAAAAGCGGAGGUAAUGAAAAAAAAUCAACAGCCUCUCCAAAUGCUGCUAGAAAGCGCAAUGAGCCGGAACCAAGGAAACAAGCAUUGAGGAUUGGGCAACCUAACAAAGAGCAGUCUAAUGCGCAAAAACCAGCAGAAACUAAAAAUCGUCAGUCGAUAGGGUCCCAAGCUCAACCGACGAAUCAAUGCGACAACUGCUCCUUAAUACCAAAGAUUUCCCGGCAACUAUGUGAACUUCAAAAGAAGUUAGAGGGCCAAGAUCAGCAGUCGCAACAACUGCGCGAGGUAUCCGAACAAGUGAAGCAGCUGCAGUGCGUUAUUGAAAAGCUCAAAGAGCAAUUUAAUAAUUUAGAAAACCGUGAGUUAAAAGCCGAUUGUUGCCAAGGUCCAUGCGGAAUGAUACCAAAUGAAAAACCAAAACCCAUGCCAAAAAAAGUGGAGCAGAAAAAGUCAAGCACUUGCCAAUUCUGCCGUGAUAAACAGUUGAUCCUGCAAAAUUCCAAUCUGCACUGUGAGGUGCUCAAGCUCAUCGGAAAGCGGCACUUCUGCGAGAUUGUUUUAACAAUGCUUCUCCGGGCAGACAAUCUAUAUCAUAUCAAUGUGAGGGAGCUUAAGACGGGCUGUGUAUUGGGCUGCGUGCUGGUCAGUGAUGCGGCCAUCGAGGAGGCAAUUAAAUUGGAUCUUUUUAAAGAAAUUCUCACCUUCUGCGUCAUUGAUAAGCGUAACACUUUAAAGCCACGUGAUUGCGCAUUCGGAAUCAAUUUCGAGCUCGUUUGUAAUGAAAGGCAAUGUGGUGGCCAAGAGGAGGACGAAGUCAUGAAAACAGCUCGUCUAUAUGGCGAAGAGUGCGCAACUACCAUUUUAGGCAUGUCCAUAGAAAAUAUAAGAAUGCUGUCACCUUUAACGGAAGAAAAUUCCACAAACUUUAUAUCAGUAGAAACAAUAUCAAUGUGGAAGCCAAACCUGAGCAUCAGCCAAGUAGUAUUAUCGGAUAAAGAUGAUAGGUACCCAGAUUGUAGAUUUUAUUAUAAAUCCGUCUCGGAUUCUGAUUUAAGUAGCGAAGGAAAUGCGUCGAGUUUUAAUGAGGAUACACUAGCAAGCAAUAGAAAAAAAUCUGCUUUGGAGCAUACAAGAAAAUUAAAGAUGCGGUCCAAAAAGGCGAAUCACUGGAGGAAUAGCCCAACUAUUGGGCUUAAAGUCAGGCAUCCGGGGAAAAGAAAUUGAUACUGGGCAUUGUUACAUAAUAAGAAAAUAAAAUUGUAUAUGUGCGCAAGAA